UUUUCUUUGCGUCUUCUCUUCGUGACUCUUCUUUCAGUUCAACUCCUUUGCGGUCGUGCGAAAAUGCAGUCUGUUCGAGCGCCCCUUUCCGCCUCCAAGGAGAACAAGCUGAGGGCGGAAGUCGGCAGGAUGUCGCUGGACAAAGAAAACACGCCCCCGAGCCUGAACACGGCGCGCAUCUUGGCGUCGAAAACUGCGCGCAAAAUCUUCGCUGAGACGCCGCUCAAAGACGCGAAGAAGAACGGGAGCAGGGAGGUGGAGCCUCUGUUGAAGGACAACCCGCGCCGCUUUGUCAUCUUCCCCAUCCAGUAUCACGACAUCUGGCGCAUGUACAAGAAGGCCGAGGCGUCUUUCUGGACCGCCGAGGAGGUGGAUCUGUCCAAGGACACGCAACACUGGGAAGUUCUGAAAGAAGACGAGAAGUUUUUCAUCUCUCACGUGUUGGCCUUCUUCGCGGCCAGCGACGGCAUCGUCAACGAAAACCUGGUGGAGCGCUUCACGCAGGAAGUUCAGGUGACGGAGGCGCGCUGCUUCUACGGCUUCCAAAUCGCCAUGGAGAACAUCCACUCGGAGAUGUACAGCCUCCUCAUCGACACGUACAUCAAAGACCCCAAAGAGAGAGAAUACCUGUUCAACGCCAUCGAAACGAUGCCGUGUGUCAAGAAGAAGGCCGACUGGGCGCUCAACUGGAUCGGCAACAAGAACGCCCCCUACGGGGAGCGCGUGGUGGCGUUCGCCGCCGUGGAGGGCAUCUUCUUCUCCGGCUCCUUCGCCGCCAUCUUCUGGCUGAAGAAACGCGGCCUGAUGCCCGGACUCACCUUCUCCAACGAGCUCAUCAGCAGAGACGAGGGUCUCCACUGCGACUUUGCCUGUCUGAUGUUCAAGCACCUGGUCAACAAGCCGUCCGUGGACACGGUGACGUCCAUCAUCAGGAACGCCGUGGAGAUCGAGCAGGAGUUCCUGACGCAGGCGCUGCCCGUCAAGCUGAUCGGGAUGAACUGCGAGCUGAUGAAGCGCUACAUCGAGUUUGUGGCCGACCGCCUCAUGAUGGAGCUCGGCUUCUCCAAGCUGUUCUGCGUGGAGAACCCCUUUGACUUCAUGGAGAACAUCUCGCUGGAGGGCAAGACCAACUUCUUCGAGAAGCGCGUCGGCGAGUACCAGAGGAUGGGCGUCAUGGCCACCAACAGCGACAACACCUUCACGCUGGACGCCGACUUCUGAGUCCCGGCGGCAUCAGUGGAAACCUCAUCCAAUCAAUGACUUGUCCCGGUGCAUGCUGGGAUUUUUUAUUAUAAAUUGUUUUUAAUUUAUAUACGGAAGGCUAAUGCUGUUUACGUCUUUGUUAUAUCAUUUAAGUUGCACAUAAGGCAGCAGUGGCGAGUGGUCAUUUGGAGAAGGUUUGAUUUUAGGCCAGUGCAGUUAGCAAGAAGACAUCCUGACAGGAAGUAGCGGUUUUUCCACCUUGCAAUGAUAUCACAUCAUCCUGGCGUCCAUCAGCGACAGGUCGCCCGUCACUUGCAGCCGUGUGAUGGUGAGCAGGUGCUGAACUCGGUAUUUGUAAUCCAGCUGGUGGACGCCGUUGACGGCCACGCGGAACGAGUCCGCGUCACACCGGAUGAUCAUCUGAAUGACAACAUGGCGGGUGUGAACAAAAUGGCGGGUAGGAGCUUGUCAAUCAGUCACUCUCGUGUUUUUGUGACC